AUGGAUGCUAAUAAUGCAUUGAAAUUAGGAAGAUUAUUUCGUGUGCCUUAUGGUGGAGAAGGUGUGGAUUUUAUAGAUCAAUUAAAUUAUCAAUUUACAAGUGGUAUAAUUGUAUUAUUUAUUGUUAUGAUUGGAUUUCGUCAAUAUGUUGGUAAACCAUUACAUUGUUGGGUACCACAAGAAUUCACAAGUUCAUGGGAAGAUUAUGCUGAAAAUAUUUGUUGGGUACAAAAUACUUAUUUUCUUUUACCAAAUGAAGCUAUACCAGAAGAUGAUUUUGAAAUGUUAAGAGUACGACAUAUAUCAUAUUAUCAAUGGGUAGCAAUUAUAUUAGCUGGACAAGCUAUGAUGGCAUGGGUACCGCAUGUAUUAUGGCGAGUUUGGUCAAAACGUGUACCUGUUCUAUUAAAAAAUGCACGUGAAGCUGCUGUACCUGAUAAAGAAGUACGACAUAAAGCUAUUAGUUGUCUUGUAGCUGCAUUAGAAGAAAUUUCUGAAGCAUCAAAACGUUAUCGACGUACUCGGGGAAUAUUUCAACGUUGUUUAGGUGGUCCACCACCGACUACACGUAUUACAUUAUUAUUUCUAAUUGUACGUAUAUUUUUUAUUGCAAAUAAUAUUGGACAAAUUUAUGUUAUGAAACAUUUUAUUGGAACAAAUGAUACAUUAUUUGGUUUACAUGUAUUUCAAGAAUUAUUAAUCGGUAGUGAAUGGGAAGUUAGCGGUUUAUUUCCACGUGUAACAUAUUGUGAUGUGAAAGUUAGAAAAUUGGGACAAUUAAAACCUGCAUCAUAUACACUACAAUGUGUUCUUCCAGUAAAUUAUUUUAUUGAAAAAGUCUAUAUAUUUCUAUGGUUUUGGUAUAUAUUAAUGGCAUGUUUAACAAUAUUAAAUACAUUUAUAUGGAUUACAAAAUUAUGUUUACCAUAUCGUCGUGUCCAAUUUAUACGUCAAUAUUUAAAAGCAUUAAAACAAUUAUCACAUACAGAAGAAACAGAAUGUGCCCGAUUUGUUAAUAAUAAUUUAGGUUGGGAUGGUAUAUUUUUAUUACAAGCAGUAAGUAAAAUCUCAAGUGAUUUAAUUGUACUUGAUGUCACUGGUAUGUUAUGGAGCAAUUAUCAACGUGCAAAAAUUACUGGAACUGAAGAAAAUAUUGGACGAUUUAUUGAAAGUAUUAAUCGUGUUUAAAAAACAAACUUCUUCUUUGUCUUCUUCCCCUUUUUCUUCUUUUUCUUCUCGUUUUGUUCUUUGAUAAACAAUAUAUAAACAUAUCAAAAUGGAUUCUUUCUAUAAAAAUGAUAUUCACUAGCCUGUGAUUUACUUAUACAGAUGACUAAUGAAUCUCUCUCUCUCUCUCUCCUUACCUCCCUCCUUCCCUCUCUCUCUCUCUCUCUCUAUAUAUAUAUAUAUAUAUAUAUAUAUAUACCUAGUGAACAAUUAGUAUACAUGUACAUAUAUGCCUUUUAUAAACGCAGCAAAUCCUAAUGAAUUAUUUGAUCAUUUUGUUUUACUAAAAUUAAUUGCUCAGCUCUUCAAUGAAUUUGAAUCUUCUUCCUUAGUUACAAUUAUUAUUAUUAUUAAUACAAUCAAUAUUAUGUUAGUAACAAUUAUUAUUUAUUGAUUUUUUUGCUCUUUCUAAUGAUAAUAACUAAUAAACAAUACUAUAAAUGUGAAUAUAUUUAUAAAUGGGGUAUCAAAUUACCCAAUAUGUAAUACUUUUGAAUGAUAUAAAACUAAGAAAUCAAUAUUUGAAGAUACACUUUUUAUUCAGUUAUUUAUCAAUAUCUUAAUCUUAUUCCCCCUUCAUUUUAACUAAUCAGUAUCUAUUGAAUAUUGUAUAGGAUAUUUGUGUAUACAUGAAUAUUUAUCAAAAACGAAUUCUAUUGUAUAAUUAUAUUGGUGUGUAUUUAUGUAUAUCCAUUGAAUAAAUGGAACUAUAUAUAUAUAUAUAUAUAUAUAUAUCCUAAUUUCCCAUACAGAUUGAGAAAUGUUCCCCCCUUUGGUCAGAUUUUUAUUUAACGCAUAAAUGCAAAAUUUAUUUAUAUAAAAAUUCAACUGAUC